CCAGUCGCGCCGCGCGCACCGAGGGCUUCGCUUCUCACGUUCUGUCGUUUACAAUCGCCCUUAUCAAAACAUUCCCGCAUUGAGAUCGAUUCGCACGUCUCUACACUGCUGUGAUAACGACCCCCGAAUGCUGCGGCUCCAGUGCCCCGUGUAGUGUUGUGAUACCUUGUGUUCACUUGUGGGAUUAUUGUUUACGUUUUCUGUUUUAUUUAACAUAUUGCAGACUUAAAAAUAAAGAGUCGCCUGCGCACGCCGCCGUCCGUCUGCUACAUGAGCAUUCCUGGUAUGAGAGCAGGGUGUGUUGUGCGCGCGCAAUGGUUGCGUGAUCGGUCAUCAUGCGCCUCUUCCGCGGGCCGAAGCGCAGGGAAGUGACCGGUCCGCAGGCCGCGACGUCUCCGCGCAGAGACGCCUCGCACACCCCGCCAACAUACACUCUUGUCACUGCAGUACCAGCAAUGGUCAUGGAGGACGAUGCCAAUGAUAUGAAAAAAGUGUUUGCUACGUGGGGUCGCCGAAUGGGGAGGAAACUAGAUUUAUUAAAAAAGAAUGAAUCUAAAGAGAUGCCUGAAGAACCAGGUACACACGAAUCUGUAAGCAACGAUUCUUCUAUAGUUUUAACUGGACAGUAUAAAAAGAAACAAAACUGGAAAAUGGGAAGAAGUACAUCAGACUCAUCAUCUCUAAAAAGAGACAGUGAUACAGAAUCAAUACGCAGCGGAUCCAGAGAUAGGUCACCAAGCCCUUUUAAAUCUUUUUUUCAUAGAAUGGGUUCAACGGGUAUGUUAAAUAGUUCUAAAACACAGUCUUUAAAUUCUCCAAACCCACCAAACAGCUAUUCUUUAUCCAAUGGUCCCGCUCUCUAUAGAAGUUGUUCGACCUCACACUUAUCGACAUACGUAAAAGCUGAUGACCCAUCUGACGAUAUAGAUUUACAAAAUACUGGAGCCGAAACUAAAAAUUCUCCUACAAAACAAAAGAACGCUAAUCUUUUGACCGAAGACAAUUUUGUAUCUUCAUCUACUAAAGCUAUCAGUUGUGAUAAUAUUCCAAAUAAAUUGGAAGCCCCACAAAAUACGGGCACUUGCAAAAAACCUAACUUUCCAUAUGCUUUUUUAAGAUCUAAAUUAUCAGUUUUACCAGAGGAAAAUAGCUUGGCUUCACACCGCUCUGUUUCUGUCAGACAAAGCUUUUCCGAAAGGAUAGAUCGAAAAUCUCCUAAAUUUCGAAAAGAAAGGUUAUACCUGUCAAACUCCCGAUCAGAAGAACGAUAUCAAAGUAGCGAUAACAUAUCCGUCCACGAUGAAAGUAUACUUAUAAAUUCAGGUCUGAGAAACUGCAACGACUUUGCGAGAAGUUCUAUAAGAAGCAUAAACGAGACUGAUGUCUACCAAAAUAAACAUGUUGAUGAUGUACUUAGGAGAUCAUCUAUGAUAUCUCACAAAGCACCAAUUGAUUAUGACCCUAUGUUAAUUCCUCGAAAUAGAAAUAGCCUGCCAGUUUAUGAGUACAGAUCUACUAUAGGUUCUGCACAUGAUCUUAAAGGUGAUCUUGCUUCUUCUAAUCAAAGCAUUCAUCAAGAAGUACUUCAAGCACAUCGCCUCAGCAGCUAUGUUAGUUCUAACGAAUCUGGAUAUGACAGUGAUGGAAGACCAACAGAUGAGCACAGUAACCAUUCACCUCCAGGUUAUGGCAAUAAUAUGGGAGGAAUAUCAAUUACAAUGAAUGGGGAACAUAAUCUUGGUAACUUUUCACGACAAUUAAGUUUAAAUCACAAGAUUAAUGUCAACAAAGUUCAAGUACCCAUGCGUAGAAGUUCUACUCCGUGUGCUUUAUUUCCCAUUGAAAAAAAGUCAUACUAUGAGUACGAAAAUGAAAAUAGAGAUGACAAUCAAUAUCAAAAUAACGAUUCAAAUCUUAUCAUCAUCGAUUAUAAUGAUGGAAAACCACCGCCACUGCCAAAGAAAACAGUCCAUAAAAAGACACCAUAUAUUUAUAAAACCAUCACUUUAGAUGAACGUGUUCAAACAAGAAAAAUAAAAUUGCUACAGUCACAAUUAGUUUCUGUUGAUCACUCGUCUACGCCGAAUCUCAGUGAUAACUCUUUAAAUACUUCUAAGGAAUUAAACAAUGUACAAAGAAUUCAUGAGACAGAUAUACUUGGAAGGGGUCCAUGUACAAAACGAUUUAGAAAAAUAAGACUACUAAAAUCAAGAUUGGAUGAAAGUUUGGGUGUUUAUUUGGCACAAAAUAGAGUGGAUUUUGAUAAAAGUGGAAAUAAUUAUGAAAUCCGUUAUAUAAUUGUUAAACUUGAUUUUGAUGGAAUUGCUCACCGAGAUGGGCGACUCAGAAUAGGUGAUGAGAUCGUUAACGUAAAUGGAAAAGUCUUAAGAGGACUUUCUUCGCUCAGAGACGUACAACAUAUAGUAAAUUCUUGCUCUACUGAAGCAACAGUCGAGGACAGUGGUCUUUUUCAGAGGUAUCAAGUUGAUCUGGUCAUGGCACAUGAUGAAAUAUCUCCCAUUACCUUAAGUCGUAUUAUUAAUAAUAAAUCUAGUGAACCCAGUUCUGUACACUCCUCUUCAAGUAUUCCUCCUGAUAUUAUUGCACAAACCCACAAACCAUCACCCCCAAAUCAGAUGGUAAUUGAAACUCAUUUUCCAAGCACUGAUAGCACAUUAAAUUUACGUAAUAGCAAUAAUACCAGUGGAUAUGUGAAUGAUAUGCCAGAAAAGAAUCAAAAGUGUGAAGUCGGUAUACAGGUCAACAAUAAUCUAUUGCUUUCUAACCAAAAAAGUGACGACGAAAAAUUGUUGGAGCGAAACUAUUAUACACAAUCCCAUUCAUCUCUACAAAAUAUAACUAAUAUAGAAAUUUCAAUGAGAUCAUCGCCUACACCGAGACACGGCACCAAUAGUUCAUAUCGUCCCAUAUCAUUUCACAGCACUCGUCCUCAACAUUUAUGUGGAACAACACUGUGUAACGAUAAUACUACCAACGAAAUCAAAGAAAAUUCUUCUCAUUAUAUAAAGAACGUUCAUAGGACAUACCAAAAUAGGUCUUAUGAAAGUAUACCGGAACAACUGAGAAGCACCAGUCGCAGUAGAUUCUUUUCUAGAGUUGGAUCACAAAGAUCUUCACCUAAUUAUGGUUCUCAUGUAUCACGACAGCAGGAAUACAGCUAUCAUGAUAUACAAUCCUCUCAAAAUACUUUGCAUAGAGCAGAAUUCUGGAAAGGUCCAGGUCACAAAAGUCUUGGCUUCAGUAUCGUUGGAGGCACAGAUUCUCCAAAAGGGCAAAUGGGUAUAUUUGUUAAAACAGUCUUUCCAAACGGGCAAGCAGCCGAUAAGGGAACUAUUUAUGAAGGUGACGAAAUCUUAUCAGUUAACAACGUGGCAACUCGAGGAUUAAGCCAUGCUGGAGCAAUAUCAUUGUUCAAAAAAGUUAAAGAAGGAAAAUUAGAAUUGACGCUUUCAAGAAGAAGAGCUCCUAGGUCAAGAUCUGUAGAACCUCUCGGUAACUUUCGCAACGAUAGCAAAAGAGAUUGAUGUUCGAAAAACAUGAAGAUCCAUUACUGAAAUCUUUUUGAGUGCAAUAACAUUUAACAUAUAUAUUGGCCAAAGGCGGAACACAUGUAAUACUGCUUAUUAGGGUUCUUAUUUACUAAAGUACAUAGUACUGUACUAAAUUGAAUAGUUUAUAAGAUUACUUGGUCGGUACGACAAUGUAUUAUUACUAUGUCUAUUUUUUCUUAAAUUGCUAAUAUAUAAUUUCAUUUAUCAGCUUUAUAGAACAUGUUAUUGACAAAUAAUAUAAUGUGCAUGCGUGUAUGUAGUUUAUAGAUAGUCCGGUGUUGAUAUUCUAUGUGAAUGUUAAGCCUAAAUAUAUAAGACUGUACAUAUAUAGAUAUAUAUAAGUCUCGGUUAUAAGCAAUUAAAAGGUAUCACUUUAUUAUUACACCUAUAUAAUAUUAUUCCCUUAGUAAUGCUAGAUCUCGUUGUUUGCUAUAAAUAAUUUAAUCGUUCGUGUAGGUGCUAUAGUAAAAUAACGUUUACUUUAAUUUGAUGUAACUUGACUUUACAAACAACAAUAUAUAAAUAGACUGAUAUUUCAAUGUUCGAUAAUUUUUUGUACCUACAUUCGCUACCAAAGCUUAGUCGUUAUGUGAUUUAUAUUUAAUGCAUUUUAUAUUACAUUCUUCUUCGCUAUUAAUGUCACCUGUCAAAAGAUAACAGCGAAAACGUUCCGUCCAAUAACGUUAUUUUAUUCAUCGUAAUUUAUGUCCAUUGCAAUACAUUGGCGGUACAUAGUUCAUUGAUGUUAGGGAAAUAAAUAAAAAAUAAUAAUCUGAUGACCCCAAAAACUUUUCAGGACUGAACAGUACACUUAAUACAAUUUUGACGAUGUGUUGUUAAAUGUUAAUUUAUAUUUUCUUUAAUUUUUUAAAGAAAUGCCUGUCGAUGCUGCUUCCACGUUCUCAAUAAAAAUAUUUUUUUUAGUA